UUUGACGUGUUUGCAAGAAACAUAAUAAAAUAAAAUAAAAUGUUUUCAGUAAACUAACGUUUAGUGCGCAGGUGGACGAUGUGAUAGCCGCUAUGUCGACAGAAAGGUUGCUCGUCAUGUUUAUCAGACAUGUAUUCCUGCUCAUGUGUCUGUUUGUUCUGACGAAUGGUCUAAAUUUAGUAGAUCUUUUGAGCAAACUGAGAAGAGGAAACCCUGUCGGCGGUCCUACCAAUGUUUAUGACAGAACUGCCCCUGUAAAUACGAUGUCGUUUGGGUUCCCCGAAGGUUAUAAUAAUGCAGCAUUUCAUAGCCACAUGAUUCAACAAGCGCAACCCAGCGAACUAAAGAGCAAUUUCCACAGUCUUCUAAGACAGUUUCGGGCUAGUGGUGGUGCCGGCAGAGAUGUCCAGUCCCAUCAAAACACUAGGCACAAUGCACCAAAUAGGCACCCAUACACUCCAGCAGUGCAACAGAUUCCAAACGGACGACAGUAUUCCCCAGUGCCACAGAUUCCACAAAGGCGACAGUAUUCCCCAGUACAACAUGUUCCAACCAGGCAACAGUUGCCGCCUCAAGCACAGCAGAAACGGGGAGGAAGUUGGAUGACUACAACAUCAAACCAGAACCCUCCUGCAAGACAACAGUUCUAUCAAGGGUUCACACCGAAACAAGUAACGGUACCAAACCAAAACAGGGCACAGAUAACACGAACAACUGGAUUCACGCGGGAGCAAGCGCCCGUUACUAACUAUGGCAGAGCACAGGUCUCACAACAAACUGGAUUCACGCGGGACCAAGUACCAGUACCCAACCUUAGAAGAGCACAGAUCCCACGAACAACUGGAUUCACGCAAGAACAGUUACCCUUGUUUAACAACGUCAGAGGACAGAUCGCACGACAAAGUGGUUUCACGCAGAAACACACAACCACAUCAAGCCAAAGAGGGGUACAACAGUUCCCGCGUCAAAAAGGACUCAACCAGAAACACAUAACCAAAUCUAAUCAUGGCGCGAUACGACAGUUUGUAUCCAAAAUGAAGAGCCAAGUGUUGCCAGGAACCAGCUUUGGUCGAAUACCUACCAAACCCAGGUACACAGUUCCCGAUAUCCGACCGAGGCAAUUUUAAACAUGGACACGUCAGAGUAGAGCCUCUUGGCCAAAAUCAUACUUCAGUCGCAUCUGUAUGGCCUUAUUUAAACUUAGUUGCACUUUAGUUGAUCCUAAACCGAAGGAACAUGCAGAGGCGAAAUAUAGAGAACAUAUGAAGAGGAUCUAAUGCAACGGUGAUAAAACAUAAACAGACGUAGGCUUGGUAUGGUUAACACAUGAAAGGCGCCAGUGAAAUAAGCAUGUGGAAGUACGAGUAAAAUCUAGGAGAAUUUUUUUGACAUAAAUCGAACUAUUGGAGCUUUCUCAAAAUAUUUACCAUGCUGUUCACCAUAGGUAUUGUUUUCCGAUACUAACCUGUGACUUUGAUUGAUUCAAGAAUAGCAUUACUAAACCUUCUUGUGGCUUUUACUUUGUUUCUUGUAAUCUGUUCGUCAGUGUAUGGAUAUUGAACAUACUCUAUGUAAUAUAUAAUUGUGCUGAAACCAAAUACAAAUAAUAGUGUCUACUUGA